GCGAUAAAAGUGCGUAGUCCGUUCACUUAUGUUUCCUGUUGAAAAUCCCUUAUUCAAUCGUGAAAUCACUUAAAAACUAAAAUGUCGACACCUGUAAUGAAAGCUGGGCUUUCGCUUCGCAGUUUCUUUAUCUACAAUUCACAAUUUGGUCCAAAGGAAGGCGAGGAGGAAAAGAAAAUACUUUUCUACCAUCCACAGGAAACGGAUAUCGACUCAAAGGUAAAAGAUGUUGGCCUUUGUGAAGCUAUUGUAAAGUUUAGCAACACUUUUACCGGUGAUGAUAGCGUCCAUGCGAUGCAUACCCAGAAAACAUGCCAGCUGUAUCAUCAACCAGAACCGGGCUAUUGGAUGAUAAUGAUUUUGAGCGUUCCCUUCGAACGGAAAACGCGGGACAGCGGAGAUUACAAUGAAUAUCAUGGCGAUGAAAUUCACGAUACCAUUUAUCAGGCCGUGCUGAAACAGUCCUACCAAAUGUUCCGACUUUUUCAUGGAACAUUCGAAAGUAAUCUGAAGCCGGGGGACGAUUUGGAUGCAGUCGCCAACUUGAUUGGCAUUCUAGAGCAGUUUUACGGGAAAUACAUCAAUAACUUGAAGCUUAGGGACUGUGAUAUAUUGGAUGCGCUGGGUAGUGUGCAAUAUCUCCCUUUAAACCAGCUGCUAUUUCUGAGAGUUCAAAACUUCAUCAACAUGAUUGAAGCAACAUUCGAACCUAUAAAGCAUUGUAUAUUUCUUUAUGACGAUCACGUAAUAUGGAGCGGAGUCAGUCCCAAGAACCUUUACACCAUUUAUGAAUAUCUGAACAGUCCCAUGAUUCGACCAGAAUCCAACGAUCAUGAACAUUCCCGUAAGUUGUAUAUAGAAGAAAAGGGCCUCCAUAAGGUAUACAGUUUUAUGGUGUGCAAGAAAGUUCACAACAUUACGUUGUGCUUGCUUCUGGAAGAAGUGGAAAACGAACCAGCCUUGUACCACGAACUAAACGCAGUGGUCAACCCGCAGCUAACCAGUAUUUCUUCAGAUAUAACUCAGCAUCUGGCUCAGCAACCAUCAUCAGAAACAACAAUGAACUCCAAAGACGAUAGCUCAUCCAAUCCCAAAUUUCUGUAUUUUAAUGAGCUAAACCACCAUUUUCGGGGAACCGUUCGUCUCGGCGUUCAAAAACGCAAGAACAAUUCCGGUUCCAGUGGUAACAUUCCAACAGAUGUAAUGAAUUUAAUAGUGGAUCUACUGGACGACGGUAGCCAGCAGCAGCUAGGCGAUAAAAGCGAAGCACCGAUGGAAACCAUUCUCAAGACUCACGAUGAUUUCUGGAUUGUUAAGAGAAGCAGCAAUUCGAGGCACGUGUUCAUUGUGCUGAACAAAAGUUCCACCCUGAUAGACGUAAGCGAAGAGACGAAACGGAUUUUGGAUCAAAACAUGAAAUCUGUUUUCUUUUAAGGUAAGUUUAUUUAUUUGUUUUCGUUGACUUUGCUGUAUGAUGUUUUGUUUUAUUCACAUAAUAUACAAACCACUGUCAGAGGAAUAAUGA